UAUUUAAAAACCCCUCGUAAGGCGCAUGCGCGUGGAUUUGAAGAGAAUACGCCAUAUUGAAUUCCCGUAGGAAACGGCUAGCUUUUUUUCCAGCUAGCGGUGUAAAUGGGCCACUUUAUAAAUGGUCCUAAUUCGGUUUAAUGUCUAAAUACUCCCCCUUUCUUUACCCCGGACAGAGAAGCGACCUGUAACAGGUCAGGAAGCGACACAGACUCACGACGGACUCGGUAGUAUUAGUUAGACUCUCGCAGGGGGGUUACCAGAGAGAAGUUGAAUGGAUCCGAGGGUAGCUUGGAUUCAGCCCGAACAGAAAGGACCUGCGAACGCCUUAUGGAUGCACGUCUGGGAGACCUCUCAGGGAGUACGGACGCUCUCCGCUCAGCAGCUCCACAAUCAAAACCACAACCAGUGCGUGAAUUAUGCUGCGUUGGAUGUUCUGAAAAAUGUGGCGAGCGCGGUGGCAUCAAGCAAGAGUCUUUGCAGCAGCAGCGGCAGCAGCAGCCAUCACAGCAUCAUGAACGGCACUACUGGAAUUAACGGCACUGCGAUGUCCUCGCUGGGGAUAGCGCUGUCAAACGGGAACGUACACAACUCCAUCACCACGGCUAGUGCCACUGAACCAGGUGAGGGAAAAGCCCUGCCCCAGAAGACGGGAUCUGUCUUCUCUUCGUCCUCCUCACGGGAAUCCGGGGCGGAUAGCCCCCCUUCCAGCUGCUCACUUGAUAGGACUAUGAUUGGAAACGUAACAGGAAAUAUUAAUAAAAACGUCGGGGGUGCCAAUCUGCUUUUUAAUGUGAGCGACAGUAUUGACAACAAUGUCAACCUUUACCACCAUCAUCACCGUCACCUACAGGAGCACCCGGCGUUCAAUCCACAGCAGAUUUGCGUAAAGCGCCAUCAGGUCCAAACCUCUCUACCUGGAAAUCACACACACCACCCAGGCCGGAGGAAAAGUGACAACAAAGCGAGCACUUAUGGGAUGAAUUACUUGCUUUCUAACUGCACUAAUGGCAAUUAUGCGAGCACUUGGACACCCUGGAAGACGAGGAAGUACAACCCCGGAGUCCUCGGACUCCACGAGGAGGUGAUGGACUUCUACAACUUCAUGUCCCCUCGCCCGGAGGAAGCAGCUAUGAGGAAGGAGGUUGUGACCCGGAUAGAGAAGAUCAUCAAGGAGCUGUGGCCCACUGCAGAUGUUCAAAUAUUUGGCAGCUUCAGCACAGGCCUGUACCUUCCAACAAGUGACAUUGACCUGGUGGUUUUUGGGAAGUGGGAGCGCCCCCCACUGCAAGAGCUGGAACAAGCUCUCCGCAAGCAUAAUGUGGCAGAGCCUUUCUCUAUCAAAGUGCUGGACAAGGCUACAGUGCCAAUCAUAAAACUGACAGACCAGGAGACUGAGGUGAAGGUGGACAUCAGUUUCAAUGUGGAGACUGGAGUGAAGGCGGCAAGCUUCAUCAAAGAUUAUGUAAAGAUGUAUCCAGUGCUGCCUUAUCUGAUCUUUGUGCUGAAGCAGUUUCUGCUGCAGAGAGAUCUGAACGAAGUCUUCACAGGGGGAAUCAGCUCCUACAGCCUCAUCCUCAUGGUCAUCAGCUUCCUGCAGCUCCAUCCUCGUAUUGAUGCCAGAAAUCCCAAUGAGAAUUUGGGCGUAUUGCUGAUCGAGUUCUUUGAGUUGUACGGACGCCAUUUCAACUACUUGAAAACAGGGAUUCGGAUCAAAAACGGAGGUGCAUACAUCGCCAAAGAAGAGCUCAUGAAGGCCAUGAAAAAUGGAUACAGGCCAUCCAUGCUGUGCAUAGAGGACCCACUGCUUCCAGGUAAUGAUGUAGGAAGGGGUUCCUAUGGCGCCAUGCACGUCAAACAGGUGUUUGACUACGCCUACACUGUCUUGAGUCACGCUGUUUCCCCGCUCGCACGGUCAUAUCCCAACAAAGACUCUGAAAGCACCCUGGGAAGAAUAAUCAGGUUGACACAGGAAGUGAUCGAUUACAGGGAAUGGAUCAUUAAGAAGUGGGGGGGCAGAGAUCUGGCUCGAACAGACAACAGAGUUUCACCCCCCAAGGAGACCGUAUCAGAGCAGGAGCCCUGUGUGCUGGGAGGCGGUGUCGGGUCAGAGGAGCAGCAAAGAGACUCUGUGUCACCCCACAGCACUGACUCUCCCAUGUCCAUCUCCAGCCCACAGCAGCACUCUUCAGCCUCCUCAGUGUCCUCGCUGUCCGGAUCAGACAACGACUCUGAUUCAGCGCUGCCGUGCCCAGUCCCUCCACCAGCUCUGCCACCAUACCCAUCUUUCCGGCCUCUGGGCCUCGCUUUGCCACCAGGCCUUAACAUGGGCAAGCCAGCCAUGGGAGGACACCACCACCACCUCCUCAUGCAUCCAGGAUCACAGGCUCGCGUCUCACUGCCCGGUGGUCUAACAAUGCACUCCCUACCUGGCAGACAGGUGUGUAUAGACACCGGGCUCCCUCCCUUCUUCCACAUGCCCCCCCCAGCCCAUGCUCAUCCCCCUGCCCCCUCCAGCCCCCAGCCUCCGCCCAGCCCCCACUCCAGCCAUACACACAAGAACGGAGUAAAGUUCAACGUGAAGGGCUUCCACAACCCGCCGCUGGUCAACAACCCUGUGCUGGCUAACCGCGGACACACACACACUCACACACAUACACAGUACCACCGCAACACUUGGCGACGCAGAAAGAGGGACAGCCUACCCGUUAGCAUCAGCAGAUAGAAACCACUCCUCUUCCUCUACUCUUCCUCUUUCUCCUCUCUGGCUGCUCAGACCCUGGCUCUACGUUUGUCCUGAAGGAGGACGGACUGGCAGACAGAGGACCAGAGACCAGCAGUUUUUCAUUCUGGGGCUGCCACCACCUGGAUCAACAGCCUGCAUCUUUCUCCUCCUCCUGCUUAGCUUUUCAAUUCAGCAUGACUUUGGUUCAGGUGUUUGUUAUUAUGUUACUUUCAGUAUUUAAUUUUCCUCAUGCUUGUUUCAGGUCAGUUCCUGUCUUUCUUUUCUCGUUUUGUUUGUUUUUAUGGGACUUGGAGGAGAGGCCAUUGCCAAGCUCACUUGACCUCGUCUUGACCCUUGCAGCCAAGCUGCCUGUGGUUUAGUGUUACUUCUUUUUCACAAUUUAUACACUUAAGAACAAACUGUUUUCAUUUGGUGCAAUAAUUUUAUUUUGCUUAUUUAAUUUUGUUUGUGUGUAUAUGUAAAGGCAUUUUUAUACGGUUUUAUUUUUGUAGAAUUUUAAAUUUUGUUUACGAUACCUUUCCCCUGGCAGCAUCUCGGGAGAAUGUCUGUCUGUUUGUUGAUUGUGUGUGCGUGUGUGUGUGCGUGCGCAUGUGUGGGUGUGAGGGAGUGUAUGUGCCUGUCUGUCAUCAGGUUAAGAUGGACCUCAGUUCAAGCCUCACCUCCCUCUUCUCUUCUUCUCUUCCUCUGUAGCUUGUGUUUUUCCGUUUGAUAGAAAGCAGCGUGAUCAGAAAGGGAAACUUUUAUCUCGAUGUCCCUUAAAGCUUUCCUUCGCCCGUCUUGUGACAAUGGACGAGCUAGACAUGAAAUUCCUCAUGGAAGUUUUGUUCCUCAGUCCAGUAGUCUAAGUCGGGGAUGGAAAUAACACCCUUGGAUAUCUUGAGAGACGUCCCAAAAGGAGGGAGCCCCUGAGCAGAUCGAGCUUUAGCAGUGAUUACAGAGUUGUUUGUGUAUGACUCCCUGUGUGUGUGUGGGUGUUUGUGGUGUGUGUAUGUGUGUCCCUCUGUGGGGCUGUGCUGUUGCCAUAUUUUGUCAGUCAGGGGAAGGCUGGCAUCGGCCUGCUAGUUAUUUUUCCUCAGCCACCUUUCUCUCUGGAGGCGAUUUUGAAAGAAGAGCCUCCAGACGGUGCAGGAUUUUGUUCUGAGAGAACCCAUUCUGUUGAACAUAUAUGCUGUUGUGUUUUCAUUUUCAUGCUUGUCUAUUUUUAUAAAAUGUUGUAGGAAGGUUGAGGCCAAGAAGGCUACACCUUAUCUGACUUGAAUUUGAAGAUCAAGAUUAGGGUUUGGUGGCAGAAGCCGCUGAUUUCAUGUCAGAGAAAUCCUCUUUCUCUCUCUCUGGUGGAGAAACUUGGUUGUGAAAUAACUAAUCCCAGGGCGGAGGUUGACCUUUACGUACAGCUGUAAAAUCUGUGUAGACCAACACUACGAUGCUCAGUGAUAAGGUUUUCACCUUUAUUGUCCUGGACAAAGGAAAGCGGGAGAGAGCGGGGAGUCUCCCAAAACCAAGGGCCCUCGUGAAAGGGAAUUAUUUUUUGAUUCCAUUCAGGAAUCGUGUACAUUUGAUUGCCAGGUACUUCCGCUAAUUGUUUGCAAUGCCUUUCUUUGUGUUUACUUUGAGUGUGUGUAUGUCGUUUUCAGCGAGCACACAGUGUCACAGAAAUACACACACUCACAGACAGGACUGUCGAGGGCUGUGACUUGCCCAGAACACUACACACGCUGGUGUUAUUACUAUGCAAGUGGAUCAUUGAAAUUGUCAUGUCAACUCUCGUCCUCCCGGUUAUUUUUCCAAAAUGACAAACAUGGCUCGUCGGACAGUAAAGUCACUCGCUGUCCGACUCCCAAGCCAGCUCAUGUGAACUACAACCCCAUCCUCUGACACCCCUGUGUUUGUACAAAGGUCCUGACAUAUUUCAAAAUCUAGUUUUGUACAUGUAUCCGUCAAAUGUAAAGACUGGGGGAUGUUAAUGUCAGUGAUUGGGUCUGGGUCUGUGUAGUGUGUGACAUAGUGAAAUGUGUGUGAGAAAGUAUUGAGACUCAUGACACCACAGGUUUUUUAAUCAGACACUCCACAUUUCAUGAGCCAGUGCACCCAGACAGCGACUUGCACUCUGCAGGUGCACGUCAGUGUGAGCAAAGUGUCCACCAACAAUUCUUUCCCUUUUUUUACUGACACUGUUCAGAACUGUAUCACUAUUUCUGUUUACUCCAUGGCAACUCUGACACCACGUCAAACUACAUCUAGCAUCAAUUCAAUCUCAGAUGAAAGGUAUUGACUGGUUGCUCACAGGCAAUUAAAAUUAUGAGGUUAUCAUCAGCUCACACCACAGAGAAAUUCCUCCGGUUAAUGAUUUGACCAGAACACAUUAUGAAUGCAGCAGACCAGCAGGAAGGCAGUUUUGUUUUUAGAUGAACCAAGCUCCACUGUCUUAUUCAUUCAACCUUUCCUUUCCAGUAAUGAUUAUGCAAUCCUAGCCCCGUGUUAAUUGGACUAAAGCAAAUUUUUGAUGUAUUAAACCGGCCCUUUAAGGCCUUUCAAACUGCACUUCUGACAGCCAUGUCUGCUUUUAGAAACAUCAGAACCAGCUACGAUGAUGAAAUUGGUAAUGGAAGGUGGUUGACUGGGUUAGAGUUGCCUGCAUCUUCACAACAAAGACUUGACAUGCAGUAUCCAAGGAAGUCUGUAUGGAUUAAAAUCUCUGUGCAUCUCAGUGGUCCUACACAGUUGACUCUCUCUGUUCAAUUUACUCUUGUCACUUUCGAUCAAGCCAGUAGUGGUGGAAAUGAUAGAACAAAGGGCUGGGUUGUGCGCUGCCACAUUGCCUUCACUUCUUCAGAGAAGUUGAGACUAAUGGGAUAAGGAGAGAGUGGUGAGGCCCACUGAGAUUUGGCAUACACAUGUACAUGUAGAUGCAAUGUAAUAUUACCCCCAUUGGGAUACAAUGAGGGAUUUUAAACUAGCAGCUGCUGUUUUAAGAAAGGUGGCAGCCCCUCUAUGUCCUGGCUGGUUCAUGUGAGCAGUGGACCUCCAAAUGGACACCUAGCUACUGGUGGCCAGUGGGAACCACAGCCCAGCUUUUGUUUUUGUUUUCUUGACAUUUUUAUGUAAAUAUAUUUUUUUCUAUUUUAUUUUUUAAUAAACAUUUUAAAACUGCC